AUGAGCAUCGUGAUCGAGCAGGUUCAGUCGCAAGACCAAAAUAAAGAGCACCAGGGCCCUCAGAUUUGUGGCGGGAGGCUAAAAGGCACCGUGGGGACAAUCCAGACCCCCAAUUUUCCGAACCCGUUCCCUGUUCCCAUUAAAUGCAAAUGGAUCAUCGAACACGAUAUCGUAAAUGGAACUAUAUCGAUAUAUUUCACGCAGCAGUACAUCACUAGCGGUCUGACCUUUACCGAGUACAUGUACUAUGACGAUACCUACAAGUUAGGGGAGAGGCGGGCGCUAACCGUUACAGAGGAGAACAUCACUAGGAUAAAAUGGCUGCAGGUACAAAGUCCAGUGCUAGUGGUCGAAUUGACUCUAGAUCGGCUCGAAGGCACGCAGCUACGGGCGUUGGGCCUGUUAUCCGUGUUUGGGUUAAACGUUACAUACGCAGUACGCGGACCUCACACGAUAGAUAAUGUGCCGAAAACCUCCUGUAGUGCCAUCGAGUGCCGGCUCCUUGGGCAUUGCUACGCUACUCUAGAUUACACCGACUUCUUCUGUUCCUGUUUCGAGGGAUAUUCCGGUCCAGACUGUGGAGUUGGCCCUUUAUGUCCAGUAACUUCAAAUAUGUGCAAAAAUGGCGGAACGUGCAGGCAAGUGGGUCCUGCGGCUGUAAGUUGUAUUUGUGCGACCGGAUAUACAGGCGACCUCUGCGAAUCUGAAGUAGCUACACCAGAAUGUGGGAUAGAAGAAUGUUCCGACAGCUGUAAGAAUGGGAAAAUAUGUGACUGCAAUCCGAGGGAUAAUGAUAUAUCAUCCGCUCGGUUCGAGACGAAAAUUCAAAUAGUAGAUCAUGGCGUAAAAGAUAUAUCACAUGAAAUUAUUAAACAGAUCACCGGCUACUUGCAAGCUUCAAAUAUUUCACUACACGACGAAGUAGAAGUCUUAAAUAUAAGUUCAACGGUGGGUGGUUCGCGGUCCGCCUGGGUGAGGGUCUGGAGUGCACGACGAGAAUCUGGUGCUGUUAGGGCUGCGCUUGCGCGGCUAGCUGCUGCUCGGGCGCCUGCUGAUGUGCGAGCGAUUCGACUGGUGCCAGAUACGACCUACCUUCAUAUGCAACCUGCCCUCACUUUACACAAAUUGAUUGUGAAUCAAAGACCAGAAGUGUGGGAAGGUUCUGAAUUCAUUUUAAGUUGUAUGGCGUACGGUUCGCCUGAUAUUACAUUUACGUGGUUCAAAGAUGGAGUGAGGAUCAACUUUAACGGGACAAACAGAGAUAUUUGGACUCGUACGGUAGCAGAAGACGCCUUAGGCCGUCGAAUGUCUGUGCUAGGAGUAUCGGAAGCAAAGAAAUUGGACAGUGGGAAGUGGUCGUGCGCAGCUGAUGACGCAGGAAGAAGAAGAUGUAGUGCACUAAGAAUAACUGUUCUUAAUCCGCCUGAUAUACGUCUCAUGCCGUCCACACUUACCGUUAAUAAGGGCGACAAUGUCAGCAUUACCUGCCUAGCUGGUGCAGGGCGGGUACACGGCGCUUUAGGUUUUAGCUGGGCGCGCGAACGGAGUUUACUGCCUCUCGCUCCUGGACGGGAGUUGUGGGAAGAUCUAUAUCCGGCAGGCAGCUUGCUACGGCUUUUUAAUAUUCAGAAAUCUGGUGAGUUUCGUUGCCAAGUGUCAUCUGUGGCUGGUACAAAUUCGAAAUCGAUAACAGUAUGGACGUUAGGAUCUACAGACGAAACUUGCCAAAGCGAAGCUUCCCAUGGCUUACGGUGGCCACGAACAGCUGCAGGAGCUAAUGCAAUCUCUAAUUGUCCUCCAGGAUAUGCUGGGGAAACUAGUAGGUUUUGCGAAUCCAAAACUUCAUUCCACGAUGUAAAAUGGAAUCUGCCUAAUUUUUCUGGUUGCAUUGCAGAGUCGCUACGAAGUAUUUAUGAUGAAUUUAUACGAAUAUCGUACGGGUAUUCUUGGGAGUCCGUGCAUAACGUAGCGAGACAGUAUGGUGCUGUACUCGCUUCCCUGCCUGCUUUACCUGGAUCAGCCACUUUUCCACUUGAACACAUUACACAUAUGCUUGCCUUUCUGCGUUCUUCGGCUGCAAAAUGGUCAGAUAAAAUAAGCAGCGCUGAACCCUUGUUACAAAUUUAUGACGUUCUGCUGAGAUAUCCGGAUGCUUUUUUAGAUGAAGAGAAAAUUAAUGAACUCCAAAACGGAAUAAUGGAUACGGCAUCUUUGAGAGAGAAUUUGGAUGUAAGCUAUCAGGAAUUCCUUGUAAAAACAAAACCUGUGCGUGAAGACAAUGCGGCUCAUUUUGAUUUUCCAAGACAAUUUGGACCUGAAGAGUGGUCAUUGAUAUCGGUGGGAGUAGAGUUACUUGAUAGAAUAGAAAAUGUAUCUGUGGUGGCUGUUUUAUAUAAGGAUCUUGCAUCACGUUUACCUUCACUAAGAAGAUCUAUUGAAUAUAAAAGCGGUCGUGAAAUGGAGUAUAGAUUGUCAUCUGCGCAAACGCAGCUCUCAGCGAGUGGAGGCAACUUGGACACGACAAUGCAACAUACCGUUACUCUUCUCUUUGUACACAGUAAAAACUAUAGUUCCAUAGCGUCUAAGUUAUCAUGCGCCCUACGAACAUCUAGAGAUGCGAGUGUGUGGCUACGGAAUGUGUGUGAAGUUCGAGUUCCAGAACCAACACAUGUAUCGUGUCGGUGUCGAGGUCUUGGCACUUAUGCUCUUUUUACCGUAGCGCGAUCUACACUUACAGAUACAGAGAAGGAUUUGCGUGGUGUGGUGAAGGUGACUGUUGGUCUGGGAGGGGCAUUGUGUUUGACAGCUGCGGCGUUGCAGCUGCUAGCGUUAGCUCCAGCAAGGAAAGUUCACCUUCCAACGCUAUUGAAGGUUGCUACAGCAGGAUCACACUCAGCAGCACUGUUCACAUUAUUGGAAUGUGAAGAUGGACAGGAGGAAGCCUGCCCUGGUGCGUUAGGUUGGGUGUGCGCAGCUUGUUGGUGCGCUGGAUGUGGAGCUUUAUGUGCUCAACCUCUUUUAUUGCAAGCUGAGCUUGGAGCAAGGGCUCAGCGGGCACCCUCAGUUGGUCUAUUAGCGGGUGUUUGCACGUUGUCCUGGCUAACAGCACGGCUGUGGGGAGGUGCACCUUUGCAGUUAGGUUCAGCAGCCCAAGUGGUCUGCACCGCGGGCUGUGCCCUUCUUAUAAUCCUUUGCGUUGCUCUUACAAUUUGCGCGGCGUUGCGCCUGCGCAUCAUCAGGCAUAAAGUUCCCGCUGAAAGGCGAUCAUAUUUCAAGGACAGAGGUCGAGCUAUCCGCCAUACUCUUGUAUUGGUGGUAACAACGACUGCAGUGCAAGCAACCGGGGUCGCGUACGCGCAGCCGACUGAUCGCAAUGUUGCACAUGUAGCUGCGUUUGCAUGUGCAGCACUAACUAACGGUAUAGCGAUGUUUCUAUGCUACGUAUUGUGCGAUGAAGAGUGUGUUCGUCUGGCGCGCAGGGCAGCAACAAUUCCUGCUACUAAUAGCUGUGCCCACCAGCGUGCACAGGAUACUUCUUUAAGUUUGUACAUAAAACAGAGCGGUGAAGUAGAAAGCUGCGCAGGCGCAGAUGACACCGCUUCGUCACCUCUUGCGGUGUAUCCUCACGUUUUAGACAGCCCUAAUGAUAUUUACAGAAGACGGUCGAACCCCGACAUCCGAGCUGACAUCGUCAGGUGCGUUGAAUACAGGGAACUACCAAGCACGAGAUACGAUACAAAUAUAACGCGAGUUUGUGAUCUAAUAUCGCACCAAGCUCCCAAAGACUAUAUGGCCCGUGUGUGCGUAGAGUUAGGGGUCCCAGAGCCAGCUGUAACAACCCCUAUCCUUACAUGUUCAGUAGACUUCGAACCAUAUACAGAACGAUUCGACACACCCAAGGAAACGUGUAACAUUUGUGUCCAAUCAAACCCAGACGUAUCGAAAAUUCAGCCAUUUAAAAGCUGCCUAAAGAAGUCAAAGGACCUGGCUUCAUCAGUUUCCCUGCCUUCGAUUGAAGCGAAAAGUGAAAGUUUCAAGUCUAAUAUUGAACAAGUAAAUAGAGAGUGGAAUAAAGCGUACGAUUCCUGUGAGAGUAAUCAUGUGAUAAACAAAAUAACAAAUGAUCUGGACUUCUUACUUAAUAGGACUCAUGAGAGAAACAAAGACGCUUCAGAACCGACUUGA